GGGCGCCCUCUCUGUCAAAAUGAAAGAGUUUCCCAUCUUAUUAUCCAUGACUUCAAUAGUUCUGUUCAUAUCCUUGUAUUACUUAAUAAUAAAAAAUGUGGACAAAAUCUAAAUACACAAAUAUAUCCGGUAUUUUCCGUUUAUAUGCAUCUGUGGCUGCUCCUGCAAUCAAACAAAAACCCAAUCAAGCUCAAACCCCUAAACAAAAGCCCCUUAUCUGCUGCAAGCGGACCCAGUUUAAUUUGUAUGUGCCCGCUCCAGAAGGAAGUGAGUUUGGUACAAUACCAUUGGCGUCCAGUGGCUGGAAGCAUUAUAAAGCAAAAGAAGAUUUCAUCAUAUUUAACGCAACUGUAAGUAAAGCAGACAUACAGGCAGAAAUGCUACAAAUAGAAGAUUUCCUUAGUGGCACCAAUGUCUGUUUGAAUGAUAAGUUGCUGGAAAAUCUAAGUACAGAUAUGAAGAUAAAUGCCUUCACUAGCAUUCAGGCAAGGGCUAUACCCAAGGUGUACGACAGCCAUCAUGUUCUCAUCGCCGCAGAGACAGGAUGUGGCAAAACACUUGCCUAUAUGCUCCCCAUUAUACAACGCAUAAUCGAACGGAAGCAAUCCUCAUCACAGACACAGCAAAACGGUCGAAAGUUUAACACGCCUAUGGCUAUUAUAAUAACGCCUGGACGUGAAUUAGCUACACAAAUUGGAAAUGUGGCACAGAAACUGUGUCAGCAAACAGGAUUGCAAGUUAAGACAAUAUUGGGUGGAAAUACAAAACGUUUAAUGAUCGAUCCCGAAUUCUCUGAUGUCGACAUACUUGUGGCAACCAUCGGAGCUCUUAGUAAGCUCGUAACAACGGGUAUUUAUCGAAUGGAGGCGGUGCGACACGUUGUACUAGACGAAGCCGACUCUUUGUUAGACGAUAGCUUUUCUGAUAAACUAGGAUAUUUUCUGAAGCGCUUUGCGUUUCAUAAAAACCAUACGCAAGAUGAGCACACUGUGGGUACCCAACUAAUAUUGGCUUCAGCGACAAUGCCUACGAACACAGAGGAAAUACUGCAGCGGGUGAUAGAUGUACAGACAUUGCACGAAAUUUCAAGUCCAAAUUUGCACAAAUUAAUGCCACACGUAGAACAACGUUUUUUGCGUAUGUCCAAACAAAGCCGCUCCCCCACUUUGUUAAGUUUAGUCAAGAAGAAUAUCGCUAAAAAGCAGCCACUCAUAGUGUUCAGUAAUAAAACGGCCACAAGUGAUUUUGUCGAUAUUUACCUUAAUAACAAUGAUGUGCGCAGUGUUAAUUUGAAUGGCGAUAUGCUUAUGAAAAUACGCAUUGGACGCUUUGAACAAUUCCAGAAUGGUGAAUAUGAUGUGCUCUCGACUACGGACAUUGGCAGUCGCGGACUAGACACAACAACAGCACGCCAUGUAAUCAAUUUCGAUUUCCCACUACAUGUAUCUGACUAUAUACAUCGCUGUGGACGCAUUGGGCGUGUGGGUAAUUUAAAAUCUUCAUUGGUUACAAAUUUCAUAUCUUCGCGACGCGAAGUAGAAGUUGUGCAAAGAAUCGAGCAUGCAGCUCGCACGGGUGGUUUGCUGCCGGAUGUUAAUGCAAACAUAAAAAAUAUUAUAAAUAAACGAAUAAUGAAGGAUAUGCAGGCGGCAGGCAUAGAGGUUACGGAAGAAGAAGCUUUCUAGCUAUCUUUUAAAGCUAAAAAUAUUAAAAAAAAUACUUUGGUUAAUAUAAACUGUUAUACGAAAUAUUUAUAUUCUUAGAUAGUAAUAACUACUGAGCGGCACAAUACGUCGCUCGUUGGUUAAUGGUUUGAAUAAUUUUCGACGUGCUAUAAGUAUAUCAUUGUGUCCACUUUGAA